GAGUCACUGGCUUUGAUUUCGUUUUGAGAUGGGGCAGAAUUUUGUGUGACUGAUUAAGCCUUAUAUUCUGGAGUGGCAGAGUUUGACACAGUUCGUGCAUGUAUAGAUCUAUAUAUGUGUAGUGGAGUGGAUAUCUUAUCAGGAAACACCGGCCACCCCGAUAUCCACGUGACCCUUCCCCCUAAAUGGCACCUUGUGUCCGCGCAUGACAAGGCAGACCAACAUGGUCACUGUUGAUUCGACCGGCAUCUCCCGUAUGUUACUGGACCUACGUCGUCUCCACUCCCUGUUUGUGUCUGGUUCUACACCAUGUGUUUAUGUAUGGCUGCAGAUUGUUGAACCAGUCAUUCAUUGACAGUUGUUUAUUGUAAACAAAGGAACAAAAUGAAGAUACAAUGUCCAGAUGCAUGAAUUGGAGAUUUAGUAACAAAAGAAAAAGAACCUCAUAUGCUGAACAUAAAACUUAAUGGUUUUUAUAUGCUCUCAAAACAUCAAAUCUUGCGAAACCAGAGUCCUAUCAAUGGUCUUUUUCCUUCUAUUGGAUCUGACAAGAAUACAAAUAGAAUAGCUCAUGUUCAGGAUUCUAUUUACUGUGCAGUUGCUGUUUGGUCACUGGCUCAAGUUUAUAAUCAGAUUUUCAUCAGAAUAGAUAGCAAUCCUUUGUUAGUCAAUGUCUCACUAAAGAUUGAUGAUGACCAGGGCAGUAUCAUUAGUUGGGCCAAGCUGAUGAUAGGUAUGUUGCAAUGUUGGAUAUUCAAGUUGGCCUCCUUCAGUCUUAGAGCGACUAUGGUUCAUCUCAAACACUUUUCCAUGUGCAAUGUUGGAUAUGACAGGCAGAUAAAGUAGAAAAGUUCAAAUCCAAUUAAGUCCAGCAUAUGCCCUGCACUCUACAUUGGAUCUUGUCACUGGUUACCCAGCAUACAGAGGCAAAGAAUAUGAACAUUUGCAAAUAAUAAAUGAACACCUUUGAUUUGGAUUCCUCAACUGAAGGAAACAUACCAAUACUAGAACAGUCUUAAAAAAACAGCAGUGAGGCCAACUAGGUCAGUGAAACACUAGGUUUAGAGACUUCAGGAUCAAAAGACAUUUAGCAUUGCAACAAAAGUACAUAAACUAAACAGUAGAUUAACAAUUAAAAAACAAAACUUGAUAGAAUGCUCAGAGAGACAAAUAAAUGAUUUCUAGUUCUUUAAAUUCUCAAUUAAUCUUUUUCAAUCAUGAAAUGAGUCUGCCAAAGUUAGCCAAUUUCAUAGUACAAUUAUGCUAACUGUACACCUGCUUUGGACUGAUGGCUCUGGGUUUAAAAUCUGUCUGCCACAAUCCUCUCCCAUCCUCCAUGAGGUUUGGGAUGAGAGGAAAUAGUCUUCAAUUUUCUUAAGUCAUUAAGUGACUAAUUAACAUGAGCAAUUCAAUAUCAUUUUUAAAAAGUCUUCUGGUGUGUUUGACUGAUGCAAACAUUAUUUAUAUACUUUAAGUGUCAUCAACAUGAUCAGUGCUUCCCUCUAACAAUCCCUAUUUAUAACAUUUUUGAAGUAAGGUCUGUAUAGUAUAAGAUAAGAAGAUAAGAUAUAAAAAAGAAAAGCUUAUAGCUUUAAAUGUUAAAAUUAUCAACCAAAAUCUUAAAUCUACAACAAAAAAAAUAAUAAGUUUAGUGUUUUACAGUGUAAGAAUAAUACAAAACAAAUCUUUAGCUUGUGAUUAAUUUGUGAAAGAUUGUCCCAUACUAAAGAACUGUGAAAUGAAAUUAACAUUGCUCUUCUAUAAUAUUAGCGCAACUCUGAAAGACACUUCAGAGAGUCUAGUUGACUAGAUUAAAACUGUUGUGAGAGACAAUAUGACUUUUC